AUGUGUUUAACGUCGGAUUUGCAUGUUUAUGUAUGUGAAUCGGAUCCAUUAAAUUACGAGGAAGCUUCGACUCUUUCCCUUCGUUUACAUCUCAAAUGGCCGACUUUGUUUACUUUCAUUGCCUCCAUAAUGUUUGAAUUUCGCAACACUCGUUUACCUCCACUCACUAUAAAACACCUCCUCCCUCCGGUUGUCAUAUACCAACUUAAUCCAAUACUUCAAUUAAAAGAUCGAAAACAGAAGUCUUUCCAGCUAGUAAUGGAGGUGUUUUCACGUAACAAAGCACCCCUUUUCUUUCUUGUUUUGUUUGCCUCCUUGAUCACCUUGGCACUUGGCCAAACCCGAGUAGGUUUCUAUCAGACCUCAUGCCCAAGAGUUGAAGCCAUCGUGCAGGCUGCUGUCGAUGCAGCUAAUCGGGCCAACCCAGGAGUCCCACCCGGUUUGGUUAGAAUGUUUUUUCACGAUUGCUUUGUUAAUGGCUGUGACGCCUCUAUCCUAAUUAGUGGUACUGGUAGUGAGAGAACUGCUGGGCCCAAUACUCUACUGAGAGGCUACGAGAUAAUCGAUGCUGCCAAAACCCAGCUUGAAAUCGAAUGUCCUGGAGUGGUUUCCUGUGCUGAUAUUCUCGCUAUCGCUGCCCGUGAUUCUGUGCUCCUGGCUGGAGGAAUUGCGCGUUGGCAAGUACCAACUGGUCGGAGGGAUGGAUUGGUGUCACGUGAAGCUGAUACUACAAAUCUGCCAGCUUUCAAUGACUCGGUUGAUGUCCAAAUCAGGAAGUUUGCUGAGAAAGGUCUUAACACCCAAGAUCUUGUUACCCUUUCUGGAGCACAUACACUUGGAACAGGAGCGUGUUUAGUGUUCAGCUACAGGCUAUACAACUUCAACAACACCAAUGGUCCCGACCCGUCUAUUGACCCUGCAUUCCUUACCACGCUCAGAAAUCUGUGCCCCAACGGAGGUGAUAGCAGAAGGCGUGUGGCUCUUGAUACUGGUAGCGAAAACAGAUUUGACACUUCAUACUUUGCAAACUUGAGGAGCGGGCGAGGAGUACUUGAAUCUGACCAGGUGCUAUGGGGAAACCCUACCACACGAACAAUUGCACAACGGUUUCUUGGAGUUAGUGGACUAGUUGGAUUGACCUUCAAUGUUGAGUUUGCGAGAUCAAUGGUGAGGAUGGGUAAUAUUGAGGUGAAAACUGGAACUCAAGGAGAAAUUCGUAGGCCCCCACAAGAAUUGGGAGUAUUAGGGUCGUUGCUUUUUUGCGACGACAAUACCAUUAGCACCGACACCAGGCAAACCACGUUCGGUGUCACAACGAAAACACCACUAUCGUCACCAAUAGCAUCAUCGCUUAAUGUGUGCACCGGAGAUCUGUCGGAGACAUGCCACUUUCAAUCCUCGCCCUUGGUUCGGAACAUGAUCCAACAGAUAGUGUUUGUUCGUAUAGAAAGCAAUAGUGACGGCGCCUAUAACGGCGAUAUGUCGUCGUUAUUGGACGCGUUGAGUCCCCUCCAUAAUGUCGCCGCUAAUAACUUCUUUGUCGCCGCUAUUAGAAUCGCCGCUAAAGGGUUGCCCCUUUUGUUCAGCUUCCCUUUCCCAGAUGACAUAUAUUCUGUAACCAUCUCCAAUUGUGUCUCUCCGGCGACGAGUUGCAACAUCACCAGUGAUGUCACUGCUCUCGACCGCCAAUAUAACCUCCAAAGCCGACUGCCACUAUCGGCUGUCAAGUGCUACCUCCAUUACCGAAAGUCACCUCCGAUUACAACUUGGUAUCUCCAAUGA